CACCCGCUCCACGCCCUCGUUUUCAAGGUUGGUUUUCAGUUUCAUGUCUAUGUGCAAACUGGGCUGUUGCAAAUGUACUCAAGUUCGGGCCUUUUAGUUGAAGCAGCACAGGUGUUCUACGAAAUGCAGCAUAGAAACUUAGUUAGUUGGAAUGUUUUUAUUACUGGUUUGAUAAAAUGGGGUGAGGUUGAACUUGCUUGUUCCUUGUUUAAUCAGAUGCCUGCUCGGAGUGUAGUGUCAUGGACUCUUGUUAUUGAUGGAUACACCCGAAGGAAUCAGCCCAUCAAAGCUUUAACUUUGUUUAGGAAAAUGAUUGAAGUUGAUGGUAUAGAACCUACUGAAGUUACUCUUUUGACCAUUUUUUCAGCUAUUGCAAAUAUCGGGUGUAUUAAGAUAUGCCAAUCAGUUCAUGGUUAUGUAGAGAAAAGAGGCUUCAAUGCCUUUGAUGUACGCAUUACAAAUGCAUUACUUGAUUUGUAUGCCAAGUGUGGAUGCAUAGCUAGUGUGAGUAGAUUCUUUCAGGAGAUACCUGAUCAGAGGAGGAAUUUGAUAUCAUGGACUUCAACUAUCUCUGGUUUUGCAAUGAAUGGGAUGGGGAGGGAAGCUCUAGAGAGUUUUGAAAGCAUGGAGAAGGCUGGGCUGAGGCCGAACCAUGUGACAUUCCUUGGUGUUUUGAGUGCCUGUAGUCAUGGCGGGCUGGUUGAGGAGGGGAUCAAUUUUUUUGUUAAAAUGGUAAAGGAUUGGUGCCUUGUACCAGACAUCAAGCACUAUGGUUGUGUGAUAGAUAUGCUGGGGAGGGCUGGGAGGUUAGAAGAAGCUGAAAAGGUUGCUUUACAGGUACCUCAUGAGGUUGCCAAUGCUGUGAUGUGGAGGACGCUGCUGGGUGCUUGUAGUGUUCAUAACAAUGUUGAAAUUGGUCAGAGGGUGACCAAUAAAAUACUGGAGAUGGAGAGAGAACACGGUGGGGAUUAUGUUCUUAUGUCCAAUAUUCUGGUUGGUGUUGGGAGAUUUAAGGACGCAGAGAGGUUAAGGGAGAUGAUAGAUAAGAGAAUUGCCUUCAAACUUCCUGGCUACAGUUUUUUCUAGAUGAUAUAUAAGUGCACGCCUGAAAACAGAUAGUUCAAGCGCAUGUUCAUGGUACCCAUGAGAGACAUUGGCUCUGAUAAUGGAGUUCCACAAAAGAAGAUUGUGUAGUCCCUCAAAAGGAGGGAUUGCAUCGAACACUUUGCCUGUGUCAGAGAGAAAGUCAAAGUGGGCGUAAACGGCUAUGAGCUUGGUGGCCAUGAAGAGCAAACUAUGCGCAGUGGUGAGAACCAAUUGAGAGCUUGUUGGAGAGUGAGGCAAUAUUGAAAAAAAGCACUGAAGGAGUCAUCAAGUUCAUCAUUGUGGGUGACUAAGAAUGGUUGCAUGUGGACGUGGGAGGUUGAACGAGAGAGAUGAUAAAAAUGGGUUGGAAUCGUGAAAAGAGUUUGUAGAAGUGCUCAGGGGCUGCAUUGAGGAUUAAUGAAGCUUUUAUUACUCUCUCAGUCGUAGUGCCAGAGAUUAAAUACUUUCAAGGCGGGAGGGGUUUCAUGGGAAUUGGAAGAUGUAGGUGCAUAUUGAGGUGCUUUCUGGCCCAACUGCAGGGCCUAGUAAAUAUCCUUAAGAAGGUCCAAUCCAAACUUGCAGGUGUCAUGAAAUAGCUGAAGCAGAAUGGAAAGGAUGAGAUUUUUUAUUUAUUUUUGGAAAGCGGAAAGGAUGAGAUUAUGUAGAAUAAAAUUAGAACAAUUUGGAUAUGCACCCAUAGUGUAGAGGGUUUUUAUACUGUCAUUACUUAUAAAUUUUUAUGCUAAAUUGAUUUGUUGGUUGAUCUUUUUAAACUGACAUUAUCACUUUA